GGGGAGGGCGGGCGGGAGGCGGAUCCUUCUACCUGGGACGCGCUCGCUCGCAGCUUGCUCUCCGGGGCCGCGAGUCACCUGGGGAGGCCGGCAAGUGCGGACACAUUGGCCGCCGCGGCGCUCGGCAAGGCGCGCACGGCCCCAGGCGGCUGCGCCCAGUGCAGGCAGCGCCCGCCCGCCCGCCGCGCUCGGCUCCGGCCCCCGGCCCCCGCUCCCAGGGUCCCGCGCUCGCCCAGCCCGGCUCCGAGGUCGCAGCCCCGCCGGGGUCGGUCCCCAGGCGCACGCGGAGGCGGGGGCGCCCCAGACUCACCAUGGUGGCUGCGCGCGCUGGGUGCCCGCGGGUCGCCGGCCGCCGGAGCCGCAGCGCGGGCUGAGAACACCCGCUGCCGACACCCCCGCACCCUGCCCGCCCCCGCCCGGCCUGAGCGUCCCCGUCGGUCGCCGCUGUCUAUGGCGUGGCACCCCUCCCUGGAUCAUGCACAGAAACUUUCGCAAGUGGAUUUUCUACGUGUUUCUCUGCUUUGGCGUCCUCUACGUGAAGCUCGGAGCGCUGUCAUCUGUCGUGGCCCUGGGAGCCAACAUCAUCUGCAACAAGAUUCCUGGCUUGGCCCCGAGGCAGCGUGCCAUCUGCCAGAGCCGGCCGGAUGCCAUCAUCGUGAUUGGGGAGGGGGCACAGAUGGGCAUCAACGAGUGCCAGUACCAGUUCCGCUUUGGGCGCUGGAACUGUUCGGCCCUCGGAGAGAAGACCGUCUUCGGGCAAGAGCUCCGAGUAGGGAGCCGUGAGGCCGCCUUCACCUACGCCAUCACUGCAGCUGGGGUGGCCCACGCCGUGACGGCGGCCUGCAGCCAGGGCAACCUCAGCAACUGCGGCUGUGACCGAGAGAAGCAGGGCUACUACAACCAGGCGGAGGGCUGGAAGUGGGGCGGCUGCUCGGCCGACGUGCGCUAUGGCAUCGACUUCUCACGGCGCUUUGUGGAUGCCCGUGAGAUCAAGAAGAACGCGCGGAGGCUCAUGAACCUGCACAAUAACGAAGCCGGCAGGAAGGUCCUGGAGGAGCGCAUGAAGCUGGAAUGCAAGUGCCACGGCGUGUCGGGCUCCUGCACCACCAAGACGUGCUGGACCACGCUGCCCAAGUUCCGGGAGGUGGGGCACCUGCUUAAGGAGAAGUACAACGCAGCCGUGCAGGUGGAGGUGGUGCGGGCCAGCCGCCUGCGUCAGCCUACCUUCCUGCGCAUCAAGCAGCUGCGCAGCUACCAGAAGCCCAUGGAGACGGACCUGGUGUACAUCGAGAAGUCUCCCAACUACUGCGAGGAGGACGCAGCCACCGGUAGCGUGGGCACGCAGGGCCGCCUGUGCAACCGCACGUCCCCUGGUGCGGACGGCUGUGACACUAUGUGCUGUGGCCGGGGCUACAACACCCACCAGUACACCAAGGUCUGGCAGUGCAACUGCAAGUUCCACUGGUGCUGCUUUGUCAAGUGCAACACCUGCAGCGAGCGCACCGAGGUCUUCACCUGCAAGUGAGCACCGCGCCCUGUCUGCACGCUCCCUCCCAGCCUGCCAGUGCCGCCCAGUGGAGGCCAGGACUGGCUAGAGAACACGGCAGGAGGGGGACUCCCCCAGGCUUGGCAUGCACUCCCCGCUCCCCCUUCCCUCCUGGGAGCUGAGCUGCUGGUGCCCGCCACCAGGCCUGUGCCUUUUUUUGUUGUUGUUGUUGCUCUGGGCCAGCAACCCUCCUGGACUUACUGGCCAGAUUUGGGAUGUCUCCCAACACCCUCUCCUGCUGGCCUGGAAACAGUAUGUGUAUGGGGGAGAGCAUGAAAGACUGUGGGCCAGGCCACCCUGCUGCCGAGCCUGGUGUUGACAGAAUUAUUUAUGUGUUCUUAGUCUCAGAAGAGGAUGCUUAGCACUAAGGUGUAGCUGGUCCUAACUCCAGACUCUGAGGUGGCACCUGCACCCUCCCUGUCUUCCCUUCUGCUUUCUGUCCUAGCUCCCUUGUGCCCCUUAACCCCCCCCCCCCGAAGUGUAUCCCUGUGUAUCCUGCCCUCCUGGCCUGCCUCAAGGCUCUCUGGGGCCUGGGUGUCUCAGGAGGACCCCCGAGAGAAGCACAGACAAGACCUUCAAGUUUCCAGCUCCUUCCUCCCCGAGUCACACUCCAUAAACCCAGAUGCCACCUGCGCCAGCUGCCAGGAGGGCUGUGUCUCCUUCCCGGUGCUUUCACCCUUCCAGCCUCCCGCCCACUCCCCACCCUUGUUUACAGAGCCCCUCUUGCCUGGGCUGGACAAUCUUCCCCCGACAGUGCUUUGGGGUUGGCAUUCAGGGACACUUGCCUUGUUAGACAGAUGGGGAAGCUGAGGCCCAGAAUGGCUCAGAACUUGUCAGAGACCCCCAUGGCCAUGAGCAAGGCUCCUGCCUUGACCAGGGCUUUCUGACUUCCAGCUCAGGGCCUUGACCCUGAGGUCCUCAGGCCUUGAGAAAUCCAGCUGUGCUGUGGGGGGACUCACCCCCAGAGGAGUCUGUGAGAUUUCUCUGUGGUUUCCUGGGCCCUUUGCCCUGACCGUGAUGCUGAGAAAAUGUGGAUCCAGGGCUCAGGUGUCAUUUGCCCAGGCCACCUGCAAUACACAGAUACACACACAGACACACACACAGACACACACACAGACACACACACAGACACACACACAGACACACACACACACACACACACACACACACACACACACACAAUGGAGAGCCUCCCAACUCACCCCACACAGAAGCCUGGGAGGCAGGAACAAGAAAGGACUCAGCUGGGUUCCAAGCCUCCUACAGGGUGGGGAGAGAUGGGAGCCUGGGGCUUGGGGCUGGAAGUGUUCUCUGCAGAUGCUCCCACCCCCUCCCCUUGGAAACUGAGACACAGGAUAGGCACCUGCCCAGGGCUGGAGAGGAUGAUGCUAUCAACUUCUGGCACCCCCUCCACUGCCCACAUAUGCCACACACAGAGGAUGCUUUUUCCCAGAAACCCUUGGAAACGUGUCCUCAGGUGGCUGACCCUCCCAGUGGGCUGGGCCUUAGCCAGGGCAGGCGACAACGUUUCGGCCCUAUCCUUGGCAUACACCACGAGUGUCCCCAGUCAUGCUGGGACACUCCAUCGGCUACUGUCCUGGGAGCUUCCAGGGCCUUGUGAAUGCACACCCCGGCCCUGUCCCCUGUCCCCUACCCGGGUCCCAGGAUGUCCUGAGUCCACCGGCCCAGCAUCCUCUGCCAAGGAACCUGGUUAACUUAUAUUGUUAUAUAGCGUCAAAAUGUCUAUAGUGUCUUUUAAAUUAUUGUGACCUACACUGGGUACUAGAAGGGGGGGUGGCCGCACACUGUCCCCCGAGACAGGCUCCUCCUUCUGCUUGAACUGGACCCUUGGGGCUCCCGAUACCACCAAGUCACAAGCACUGUCUUGGAUAAGAACCUCCCCCCUCCACAAGUAGUCUGUCAGCAAAGGGUCCUUCUGGGGUGGGGAGGGGGGCCUGUGUGACCAGGCAGGAGUGCUGGAGGCUGAGGCAUUGUGAGUGCCUGUAGUGCCACCUCCCCUUAGGGACAUGGUGGGCUUCUGGAGGACUGCGUCUGGCCUCUCCUGGAGGGGAACACCGCCCCAAUAAAGCUGGAAUCAGAGUGG